AGUUUCUACAGAGAAAAAAACAUAAAAUAGCGAUCUUUAUGCAUAAAGACAAAGCUCUCUGACAAAAAGAAAAAUAAAAACAAGGCUCAGAAACGCGUCUUUAUUUUUACUAUUCAUCGACUUCUUAUCUUUUUCUUUGAGUUGGUUUCCUCUCAGAUGGGAACAGAUGCUGGUUUUGCUGAGUUCUCUGGUUUGAAAUUUGAGGAUGAGAUUGAUUUCCCUGAUUUACAUCAGUAUCCAACUUUUACAAAUGGAUACAAAUCCAAUGACCCCACUUUUGAUAUAGACUUCAAUUUUGUAGACACUUCACUUGUUUUGCUCGACUCAGAUCCUAGUAGGUCUGCUCCUUCCUCUGUUGCGACCAUGGAAGGAGACUCUCCUUCUGAUGAUAGUGACUUCUCAGAGACUGUCCUCAACUACAUAAGCCAGAUGCUUAUGGAGGAGGACAUGGAACAGAAGCCAUGUAUGUUCCAUGACCCAUUGGCUCUUCAAGCUGCAGAGAGAUCACUUUAUGAUGUUCUUGGUGAGAAGUACCCAUCCUCGCCCAAUCAAUCCUCUUCUUUUGGUGAUCAGUUUUUGGUUGAUAGCCCAGAUGAUGGGCUGUCGAGUAGGCUUAGUGAUUAUAGCAGCAAUAGUAGUUCUGGUUCUAAUACCAGCAGUUCAGCUGAACAACAAUGGAUUAAUGGUGAAUUUGGGGAAUGCAAACCAGCGUUUUUGCAAACACCUCUUCCUACUAAUUUCGUUUUCCAGUCAUCUGCAAACUCUAGUUCACAACAGCCGCUCAAAUUGAAAAAUGGGUUAGCAAAUAAUGCUCAUGAUGUAAUGGGGUCCUUUGAGAGUAAGAUUGUGGUGCCAAAUUUUUUUAGUGAGAGAGAAUUAGCAUUGCAGUUCCAGAGAGGUGUAGAGGAAGCUAAUAGGUUCCUUCCUAAGGAAAAUCAAUUGGUUAUUGAUUUGGAGACAAAUGCAUCAAUACCAGAGAUGAAGGAAAAGAAUACAAAGGUGGUUGUGAAGGAAGAGAAUGAAGAGACAGAAUAUUCUCCCAUUUCAGUUAAAGGGAGGAAGAAUCGUGAACGGGAGGAUGAUGAUUUUGAUGAAGAAAGGAGUAACAAACAAUCCGCAGUUUAUGUAGAUGAAACUGAGCUUGCAGAGAUGUUUGAUAAGGUGUUAGUGUGUACAGGGGGAGGAUGCAGACCCCCUGGGUGUAUACUCAGUGACUCUUCGCAGAGUGGAUCAAACAAGGCACUACAGCAGAACGGACAAACAAAUGGAUCUAAUGGUGGCAAGGCUCGAGCUAAGAGACAAGGUAAUAAGAAGGAAGUGGUUGAUUUAAGGACCCUUCUGAUUCUAUGUGCACAAGCUGUCUCCAGUGAUGACCGCAGGACUGCAAAUGAAAUACUCAAGCAAAUCAGGCAGCACUCUUCACCUUUUGGUGAUGGAUCCCAGAGAUUGGCUCAUUGCUUUGCCAAUGGUCUUGAAGCACGUUUGGCUGGAACAGGAGCCCAAAUCUAUACUGCUUUGUCUUCUGAAAAAUUAUCAGCUGCGGAUAUGUUGAAAGCUUAUCUUGCUUAUAUUUCGGCCUGUCCAUUUAACAAGAUAGCAAUCAUUUUUGCAAACCAUAACAUCUUGGCUGUUUCUAAGAAUGCAUCAACACUUCAUAUAAUAGACUUCGGUAUAUUAUAUGGUUUCCAGUGGCCUGCUCUGAUUUAUCGCCUAUCAAAAAGAGAGGGCGGGCCUCCCAAGCUGCGUAUUACAGGGAUUGAGCUACCCCAAAGUGGUUUCCGACCGGGAGAGAGAGUUCAGGAAACAGGUCGGCGCUUGGCAAAAUAUUGUGAGCUCCAUAAAGUUCCAUUCGAGUACAAUGCCAUAGCAAAAAAAUGGGAAACUAUCCAAAUUGAUGACCUCAAGCUUAAUCAUGGUGAGGUUGUCGCUGUGAAUUGUUUGUUCCGGUCUAAGAAUCUACUUGAUGAGACAGUUGUGGUCAACAGUCCCAGGAAUGCUGUAUUAAACUUAAUCAGGAAGAUGAGUCCAGAUAUAUUUAUCCAUGCCAUUGUUAAUGGCUCAUAUAGUGCCCCAUUUUUUGUCACAAGGUUCCGUGAGUCUCUUUUUCAUUUCUCUGCAUUGUUUGAUAUGUUUGAUACUAAUAUGUCUCGAGAAGAUCAGAUGAGGUUGAAGUUUGAGAAAGAGUUUUACGGUCGGGAGGCUUUGAAUGUCAUAGCAUGUGAAGGCUCAGAAAGGGUUGAGAGACCUGAGACGUAUAAGCAAUGGCAGGUUCGAAGCUUGAGAGCUGGAUUAAAGCAGCUUCCUUUGGAACCUCAACUGCUGAAGAAAUUGAAGUGUAGGGUCAAGGAAGGGUACCAUAAUGAUUUUGUGGUAGAUCAAGAUGGUCAAUGGAUGCUGCAGGGAUGGAAGGGACGGAUUAUUUAUGCAUCCUCUGCCUGGGUUCCUGCAUAGGAACAAUAUCACACGGUGGUCUAAUAUUUUCGUAGGAUGGAGAGUCAGCUCUGGACGUCCUUGGGCUUCUUGGUCUGUACUGCAGAACUAGAGUAGGGAACUUGUAGAAGAGUCUCAUUGGUAUAAUGAACUCUCACUAUGUAACAAGCCUCACUUUCUGAGAGUUUUGUGUUGACUGCUUAGUAACUCUUAGUCUUACCUUCUUGCCAUUAUUGUAUUUAUUGUAUAUAUAAGAAUCCUCCUCAGAACCUGAUUCCUCCUCUUCUUGCAGCACGACUUAAUAAAAUACUAUUACUAUAUCAUUUA